CAGACUUGAGAUCAUGGUCGUAUUUUGCCCUGUAAUGCAUCAGCUGAGCGCUUAGCCACACCCCACAAAGCUCAGCGCCUACAUGCAGGAUCGCACACCAAUCAUGUAGCUGCCGGAUGGCGUGGGCUGCAAGGCUCACACGGCGCCAAUUUGGCCAGCCUGACGCCUGAUGCCCCUCUCCUGGAAUUUCCCAAGUUCUCUCGAGAGACCUCUCUCAAAGAUCUCGAGACCCGGUCGAAAAUUGCGGCACAAUGGCCGAACCCAUCGGCCUAGCCGCAGGUAUCCUCGCCCUCGCCGAAGCAGGCUUCAAGUUAUCCAAAACCCUCCACGGCGUCGGAAGCAGCAUCGCUAACGCCCGAAGCGAGUUGACGGAACUCGCCGGUGAGCUCGACAAUUUCGCAUCCGUCCUCGUGUCCGUCGGUGAAGUCAUCCAGAGAUCAGAUAACGAUGGUGGCCUUUCGUCAUCGGAUAAUCUGGUGAAAGUGACGGAGCAGAUACUGGAUAAAUGCGGGCUGGAAUUUGAAAAGAUUCGAAAGAUAGUGAAACUUCCGGUCGCUGUGACAACUGGGUCUGGAGGUAUACCGGCGUGGGAUCGGAUACGGUGGUCUAUAAGGAAGGCGAAGACGACCAGGUUGAAGGUUUCUUUGGAGUAUUCCAAGACGUCCCUUAUGCUUAUGCUGCAGACUCUGCAUCUUGCUGUUGGGUUGCAUGCAUUGCGGUCUCUCGAGAAGAUAUCCGAUGGAGGAGACAACACGGAACCUGGUCGGCAACGAAAGAUACUCAUGGGCGCAAGGACGACUCCCCCGCGAGCUUACAGCCCUGAACGUCCACAGCCAGUGUCGGUGAAUGCGACAAGCAAUUAUAUCGAUUCAGCUCAGUUUAUUGUGAAGAACACCGUCGCUGCAGUCUGCGGCGCGGCCGGCGAGCCAAUAUUCGAUUCCGGCUCCCUCGACAUCAUCGAAAAGGAGAUCCAAAAGAUGGUAACCGAAUACACGGCAUCGUCCGACGUGUUCCAGAGUCGAAUCGCCCAGGGCAAGCCAUCAAGUCUCCUCGAUUCCCUAAAGAGGAUGGGCCAGUCCGAGUUGGAACAGGUGUUUGACGAGAGCGGCGAUAUCGCCCUGGUGAACGAGAUAGGGGACUUGGAAAGGGACCUCGGAAUUCUACAUACUGUAUUCCUUGCGCAGAAGGAGCUGAUAAACCAGAUGAUUGCAACUUGCAAUGAGCUUCGCCACGGACAGCAUCUCUUUUCGGCGAUUAACUGCCUCACUUGGGUGAGCAGCGUCAUUGAUGGCUGCAAGACACAGGUCACGGGUAUGCUCCGGACAUGUCGGACAGUCAUUAUCAGCCUCGACACACUCAUCCAAGCGAAGCAGUUUCAGAAGAAGACUAACACUGCACGCUCCAAGAUAGUCAUGUUCGCGUGGCUUUUACUUGCCCCCCUCAUUCCCGUUAUAUUAACCACUGCUUUAAUCCUGGAAGCCUCCCCCGAUGGACCAUUUUUCUUCCUUGUGACAAAUUUAUAUUUGGUCGUUUAUAGUCUUCUGUUCUGCACACUCCUUAUAUCGUUGGCGCCGGUCCUUCGCAGAGUAAAUUCCCCAGGGGCUCUUGUGAGGAUUAAGGCUGCGACUCAGGCGAUUUGGUCGGCGCCCUCCGGUCGAGUUCCGGAAUAA